AUGUCUGGUUCAUCAAACAUCCUUGCAAUGAAGAAAACUGUUCAGCAGUUGCGUUUUGAAGCAAGCAUCAACAGAGUGAAGGUGUCUCAGGCAGCGGCUGACCUGCAGCAGUUUUGUAUCCAGAACGCACUCCAUGACCCUCUGUUGACAGGAUUGUCUUCCAGUACGAACCCCUUCAGACCUCAGAAAGUCUGCUCUUUCCUAUAACAUGCUCCUGGCCUAUAGGCUGGCUUCACGGUUUUUGGUCAAGUUGUCAUAUUGAAUGACAUGUGAAGACAUCAGAGAAAUGUGUUGGUUACAAACCAGCAACAGUGUCUGCACUAUACCUCAUUUAAAAUUAUGUUACCUGCCAAUUAUUUUUACUGCCAUUGAUGUGGAAUGAAUACCUUUUGUAAUACCUUGAAUUUACAUUAAAUUCCAUGAAGGAUC